AUGUACCGACUUCACACCAAAAGAGUAAGAGCUGCCGCCGGGCAGGUGUGGGCUGCAAACCUCCACAGGAUCAGACGAUCUCUGAAAAAUGUUUACCAGAAAUGUAAGACCCGCCAUUCAUAUUCAACGAGCUACCCGACAAUGGCUUCUUGCGAUUGUGACCAAGAUGCUCUCAGUUUGAAUGAAGAAAUGAAUCUACCAGCAAUGCUUCAAGACAUUAAAACGGGACAAAUGGAACUCCUCGGCCAAAUGACCGACAUUGUCAGCGCAAUAUCAAAUAUUCAGGAAAAGAUCAACCAUUAUCAGAGUCAGAUGGAAGCCCUAGAAACCAGAAUAAACAUCAAUGAAGACAAACAAACUGCGACCACCAAAGACAUCCUCUCCAUGAAAGAAGAUAUCACCACUUUAAAGAAGAAGGUGACGGAGCUGGAAAGCCAGAAUUCUUGCUCCAGCAUACACUGUCUGGAGGUCUUGGAAGGACAAAAGGGUAAAGAAUUUGUACAACUCCUCCAUAAGCUCCUACAACAUGAAUCCCCGAAGGGCACAGCCACCUCUCCAGACACUGUCAUCUCUUCAGCAGAACCAGAGAGAGAGCCCAGUUACCCAGAGCCCACUGGUGAGCUUAAGAAAAAAACAAUGUCACCUCAGAAUAUGACUCUGAAGAAAAAUAAUAGCCUCCAAAAUGCACCAGUGGGUUGCAAGAAGGUAAAGUCAAAUAUUUAUAUUUACCCUGACUUCAGUACAUGGAUCAAGCUCACUUUUGUUCAUGGAGGAAAUUGGAGAUUUUUCCUCAGUGCCACCAAGUUAGAGGAAUUCCUCCAGUGGCUUCUGUCUAGGCCAACCGUCCUUCCUGAGGAACCACAAAUCAUACCCCAGAGAGACUAUGCCUUCACCGGGGCCAUUGAGACGUUGGCCACAAUCUGUCUCUCUCUUUUCAACUAUGUUUAUUACCUUUUUGGUUCCUCAAAAGAGGAAAUAACUCGACUUUAG